CAAAUAAAGGGGUGAUGAGGGGGCAAGGGGGGGUGGGUCAUGUUGCCAAGACAACAGCUUUAAGCCACUCUUGUCCCAAUGGUUCGUGUGGCUGUAGAAGCGACGGGGCAGGGAUGCGCUGGGGUUCUUUCUUAGCACCAUGAGCAGGAGCCCCGGCACGCUGGCCGUCACCCUCCUCAACCAGACGGCCACUCAGAAGGCACUUGGCCAGGACACGAGUGCUUCCAUCCACGAAUUUAAAGUGUUCAACAUCACCAUCACCUCCUUGGCCCUGUGCAUCCUCACGGUCACCGGCGUCCUCUGCAGCGUCUCUCUCCUCCGGCGCAUGAGGCAGUCCAAGCAGGCGCGUGUCUACGAGAGCGCCAUGGGAGCCAGCGAGGCGCCCCCGCUCCCCGCCACCUACACCGCGGAGGCGACGACGGAGCCCUCGUCCAGCCUGGCCCAGCUCCUGAGGAGGGGGGGUCGCUGCAGCCUCCGGCGUCCGCUGUCGCUGCUCCGCGGGCGGGAGGCGCCCAAGGACAACUCCCGCAUCUACUACAUCUACACCAACCCCCUCCCCGUCGGCCAGGACGAGGAGGAGGAGGAGGAGGAGGGCGGCGACGGUGGUGGAGGUGAAAGAGAGAGAUGGAGGAGUAGAGGGGAGGGGGGGAGGACCAGAGGAGCCGCUCUCUCUGCAUGAGCUCGCACAGGACCCAACCAGCGGCGUCACCCUCACCUCAGAGACUUUCUCCAUGCUGCUGUAGAGUGUGUGUGUGUGUGUGUGUGUGUGUGUGUGUGUGUGUGUGUGUGUGUGUGUGUGUGUGUACUAACCCUAACCCUAACCAAGGACCCAAACAGCGGCGUCACCCGCACCUCAGAGACUUUCUCCAUGCUGCUGUAGAGGCAGGCUGAGAGAGGGGGGGUUGGACAGAGAGACAGAGAGAAACAGAUGCGUGUGUGUUUAUGUGAAGGGGCGAGAGAGUUUAGAAGUCUGAGACGUGUGUAUGUGUGUAUGUGUGUAUGUGUGUGCCUAUCAGAGACAGAUAGCCAACAUCUGGUUGUUAGAAUUGCAAGUAUGGAUGUAGUGACCCUGGGUUUACAAUUUUUUUUAUCACUGGAAGAAAGGUGUGAUCUAGCCAGCUCAGCUGUCUGACGACGUGUUUUGUAGGCUAACUCAGGUGUGUGGACACAACUGUUCUGUAACAUUGAAUUUAAUUGAAAAUUGAGUUCUUUCACAUUGCAAAAUAAAGUUAGUACAGAGAAACAGAUCUUCAGUUUAGAUUAUUAUUUUUAAUUUUUUUUUAUUGAUUUGAGAGUUGAGAGUGACAGGCAGUAUGAAAUGGCUGUAGAGAGAAUAAGCAUCAGGUUUAUGGAAUA